AUGACUCAGUUUUCUGCCAUUGACCAGUUCCUUAGACAAGUCGACCACGUCAACUCCGGCCGCCAGGCUCGCCUCGACAACGUCAUCCGCUUUCUCGAGUGUGCGCUUGCAGGUACCCUCUACAUCGACUUCCACCCCGAUUUCUGCGAUGAGACCCCUGGCACUGUGUGUUAUAGGUGCAUCGAGUUUGAGGAUUUUGACUUCGACGUUGUGUAUCUCGCCCUACUUUCGAGGGGGUACACGCGCCAACGGGCGGCCCAAAUGGGUGCCCUCUUUGAGAGGCUUCAGACUCGCCAGAUAGAUGGGCUGGAUCUAUGUCUCGGCUAG